UACAAAAAGGAAAUUAAAGACAAAAAGAUAAGGUUACAAAAAAAGAGUAAAGAUAAAAAUUGUGGUAGGUAGAACAUAAACCGAAAGGUGGCAGUCAUGUCUGUCUAGUGGACCUGUAAGGGUUUCAUUUAUAAGGUCACUGUUGUGUUUGUCAAUCGGUACUCAGAAAUCUAAGGGUUUCAUUUCUUUUUCGUGUGCAAUGUCGGCCAUAAAAAAACGAAAGAAGCACGUCUCCAAGGAAGAUGUUGCCCUAACCAUAUCUUCUUCAGUGGGUGAAUAUGGAGAGAACUCGGGUACGUUGCUAAUUGACCUCGUGGUCGAUAUACUCUCCAGAUUGCCAGCGAAAUCGGUGGCGAGGUUUCGUUGCGUGUCAAAGAAGUGGAAUUCUCUUCUCCGCAGUCCAUAUUUCACCAACUUGUACCUGAGGAGGUCUCCUGCUCGGCCACGUCUCCUAAUCACUUUUCAAGCUGAGGGUAAGUGGUCUUUCUUCUCAUCACCCCAGUAUCUGAUUUCAGACCAGAACUCAAAUCUUGUAGUUGUUGAUAAUCAUAUGGAUGUCCCUAAAGAUUACUCGUUUGGAGUUUGUGAACCUGUAUGUGGAUUGUUGUGUACUAAAGAUGAGUGGGUUUUAAGUAGAAAGAGGGAUGCAAGGAUGAUGAUAUGUAACCCUAGCACUGGAGAAUCCAAAUCUUUACCCAAAGUGAGAUCGAGAAGGGGUAAGGUUGUAACCUAUAUGGGGUAUGAUCCAAUCGAAAAAGAGUAUAAGGUAUUGUGCAUGACAAUUUGUCAAAGGCCAUUUAAGUUCAAAGCUGAAGAGCAUCAAGUUCUUACACUAGGAACAGGCAAAUUGAAAUGGAGAAUGCUUGAAUGUCCUGAAGCCCAUUACCCUUAUUAUCAUGGGUCAGUUUGCAUCAAUGGAGUACUGUUUUAUAUUGCUAAGAAUAGUGAGUCUAGAGAAUGUAGGAUAGUUUCCUUUGAUAUGAAGGAUGAGAAAUUCAAGUUUAUACCGAUCCAAGCUCAGUUGUCAACUUUAAUAAAUUACAACGGCAACUUAGGAGGAAUUCGUCAUGAAUCAUUUGACUUUAUGGAUGGUGGAGAUGCAGUCUUUGAGUUGUGGCUUCUUAAUGAUGUUGUAAAUCAGAAAUGGUUAAGGUAUGUUCACAUAUUGCCGCCUAUGUGGAAAGACGUAGUUGGGGAGACUAGUGUUUACGUUGUUGGGACGAUCGGUACAAAUGAAAUUGUGUUUUCUCCCGUCGUGAAGUCUAACCCUUUCUACAUCUUUAACUUAAAUAUGGAGAGCAACUCUAUCACAAGAGUUGAAAUCAAAGGGACUGGACCUUUUGAAGGUCAACAAGUUUACACCUCUGUAAACCAUAUCGAGAAUGUGAAGCUUAUUAUGUAAGUUCUUAAUUGCUGUAA